GUAUCGAUGGCAUAAAACUGCAAGACAGUUGCAGCGCUCCCGAAGUGCUUCUUUCGGAUUCUCGAGCAUUAACUCGUCGAGAUACGGACGGCCAGACGGCAUACUCAGCAGAAGAAAUCAUAACUGGACAGGUAGUACUCCCUGGAACGCAAAACAGGACGGGAUAUUGGAGUUUGGCGCAUACAGCGCGAUUUUUUCCCAACCCUUUCCUCGUCAAAUUAUGCCGGAGUGUGUGGGCUGAAUCUCCCGACUUUUUGGUGCUUGCUGAGGCAACUCCCGUUGGCGUUGGUGGUUCAAGGCUUGCGGCUUGUGGGACGUGUGGAGCUGUUCCCUCGGAUCUGGCAGCCGGCUUGUUGGCAAGAAGCGGCUUGCUCCCUGUAGUCCAUCACCUCGCGUCUCUUGUUCCUUCGCUUCUCAGCGGUACAGUCUCUCCGGCUUCCCUCUUCAAGUCUCUGUCCAAGCAGCACGCAGCGAUGCCUCAAGGCGGAACCCUUCUGCAGCUGUCUUGUGGACCAUCAUCGCCUCUGCCGCUGCUCUCCUACAAGAAAGCUGCGUGGUCGUUUCAAGACUUUCUCUGCUUUCUCCCCGACUCAUUCGUCUCCGUCGCUGGAGAGCUGGAGGGCAUGGUCUUCAGAAUGGGAGUUCCCAAUUUCUUCGAUACUCAAGAGCGCC